AUGAAUUCAUCUCAGAACCAAAAUGCGCUCUCUUCCUCUUGCAUGGCCGAUCGCCCAGAUAGGCCUCCAUGUCCCCCGACUCGUGGCCCUGCUGACACAGAGUCGACACUGCCCCGUUCGUCUUCGAAGGGUGAGAUACAGGCUUCCUAUGAGCUUCCUCCAAAUCAGAGCGCCUUGAGCGCUAUUGAUCAGUCACUCUGCCGAGCGUCAACGGAGCUGGCGUCCUGUGCUUGUCUCCCUGCGCCCCGUCCGAGCAGUGAUGGGCAAAAUUCUUCUUCCGAUGUUCCGCCCGCCCAAGUAUCGUCAUGUUCCACGCAUGUGCCACCUGUGUCAAAAUUGUCUUCUUGGCCGCAGGAAUCUCAUCGAGACGAGCCGAUGGUCCGUGAUGGUGGUGAGAACAGCCACGGCAUCAAGCCAGAAUCUAACGACGAAGCACGCACACCAUCGCCUAGUGGCUCACUUUCACAAGGCCCAUUGCCUGAUGAUGAUGUUGAAGAGUGCUCAUCUUUCAAGCGAAAAAGCUUCUUGGAGCGCAAUCGCAAAGCGGCGCAAAAGUGCCGUCUACGAAAAAAAGAAUGGUGUGCAUCGCUGGAAGCCAAGGUGAAGUACUUGGAAUCCGUGAAUGAAUCCUUGCAAAAUACCGUGAUCUCAUUUCGCUCUGAAAUUGUAUGUCUCCAAUCCAAGCUCGAAGAGCUACAACAACAAUUACAUCAGCAACAGCAGUUUCAGCAUCAGCAUGUGCACCGUGCCGUGGACGUCUGCUUUGAUCCAGGCAAACACCACGCCGUCUCGCACGAAAUGCAUCCCAGAUGCCCUCAUGAUGGCAUGCACACAGGUGACUAUCCUACAUUUCAUGAAUACCUGUCGCAUUCGCCCCACGCGUCGCCGUCGCCUUCAUACGCGCCACACCCCUCCAUCGUGCACACGUCUGAACCUCUGCUGCCUUCGCGCAUGGCUCCUUACAGUCCGCUUAAGCGCGGAUUUCAUUCUGCACCGCCCAAGUCGGCACCCGAUUCACGCGCGCCGCAUCGCUAUGCGCCUUCCUCCUCGUCCUAUGGAUCGCCUUAUGCGUCAUCGCACCUGCCACCACUGUAUAUGUCCUCCCGAGGUCCCAUCUAA